GUCGAUCGGCGCUAACCCAUCCACGAUCUCUCGCCAAACGCGAGGUGAAAUUUUCGUGAAAAUUAAGCCUCGUACCUGCUAAAUGCGGCAUCGGUAUCGACGCAAAGUCCCAAAAUAAAAAAAACAAAUACAGAUUUCCGUGCUCGGUGAUUUAGCAAAUUUUGCCGUGACAUGCCAAAUUUUCGUAGAGCUUAUUUGUUGUGAACGGAUGUUAGUGAGAACUUUUUUUUUUGUUAUUUUGUUGCUAUAGUAUGUUAUGAAACGUUUUAGCAACACGAAAAAGUAAUUUGGUUUCCGGACGACGGCGACGCAGAUAUCUUUUCAAAAAUAAAAAUGUGGAUUUGGAUCACGUGACGUUCAAUUCUACAACUACCACCGUAAAUAAUGAAGGACUCGACUGAAUUAAUACUGGAGGGUUCCAGAUUCUGGUUCCAAAAGGUUCUGGUGCCUAUAAUGGUUUGUCUUGGAGUAACAGGAAAUACAAUCACUGUAAUGGUAUUAACAAGAAUAGAGAAAAUAAGACACACUAGAAUAGUGUUUACUACACCAAACAAUAGUGUUUUUAAAGGGAGGCGAAUGAGAUCGUCCACUAAUAUCUACCUGUCCGCUUUAGCCAUAGCGGACAUAAUACAUUUGUUCUUCGUAUUUCUUCUUUCUUUCAAACACUACAACAACAUAAACGACAGAAAAUAUGAACUGUACUGGAGAUUUUAUGGACUGAGUCAUUGGUUUUGUGACGCUGCAAGUAGUACAUCGGUUUGGUUAAUCGUUUCCUUCACGAUAGAACGAUACGUCGCAGUGUGCCAUCCAAUGAAGGGAAAAUAUUUUUGUACAGAGAGUAGAGCUAAAACUGUCAUCGUUAUCGUUUAUAUUUUCUGCAUCCUCACAACUGCAUCCACCACGUUCGAGUACCAGCUUAGUAUGAACGACAUGGAGAACUGUACGGAAUGCAAGAUUGACCCGAAAAAAAUUAAUUUUGAAAAUGGCAGUUUUGCGGGCAAUAGCACGUCGGGAGAUUUAAAUGGUGCAACACACUACGUACCUAAUAAUGUUAUUUUGACAAAGGACAAUACUUCCGAAAAUAGUAAGAAGGUGUCUACUCUGAAAGUAUUUAACGAUCCCAAUUUAACACCUAUCCUAAAAAGCAUUUUGGCCAAUUGUACGACGAAUCAUCCUCAUAUCAUUUACGUAUACCCCCAGAUACUGAACGUUAGUAGUGAAAUAAGCCCUAGAGAUAACGCUAAAGUGGAAACGAUAUCUAAUAUGACUAUAGUUCACAAUUACUUGAAUGAAACAAAAGACACUCCUGGAAGAGAUAUGUCCCUUCCUAUAAGCGAAGCAUUAAAUGGAAGUGACGGUAAUAAUGUAACGAGUAUUUCGAAUAAGUUUUGUUGUACUAAAAGACUUUGGAUCGAUGUGGAAAGUACUAAUUUAGGCAAAAAUGAAACGUAUACCAGCAUUAUGUACUGGUAUAGCGCCCUAUUUUUUGGGCUCUUUCCCUUGACACUGAUAGCAACGUUUAAUUGUUUUCUAAUCAGAGCUGUAUACUUGUCGCAACGUAAGCGCCGAGCUAUGACAAACUCCAAGAAAAACAAUUCUCAGGAGUCAUCUGUAUCUUCCCAUAAUGAAAAUCGAAUAACUAUAAUGCUUAUAGCAGUUGUAGUUAUGUUUUUGAUAUGUCAGACUCCGACAGCAUCACUAUUGAUAUAUCAGAACUUUUAUCCACCAAAAUCACAUCGAGAAAAGAAUAUUCAUCACACUCUAGGAAACGUAUUCAACUUUCUCGUCACUGUACACGCUUCCUGCAAUUUCCUGCUGUAUAGCACAAUGUCCAAAAAGUUCCGAACUACUUUCAAGAAAUUGUUCUUCGACAGAAGCAAAAACAAACGGCAAGAUACAAUAGUUCUAUCUACAUCAAAAAGUAAUUCGCAAAAAUUCAAUCCCUACCAUCACGGUAUAAAGCGGAAUCCUACAGAAUACCGUACCCCAAGAAAUUUGGAGGUAACUAUAUAUUUUUUUAAUAAGGGAAAGUACGUCAACACGUACAACAUGAAAGUUGGCAUUGGAGUUUAAAUAAAUUGGCAGGAUUGAAUGGCUUGAUCUAAUCAACCUAUUUCUCUUGGUUCAAAGCUUGACAGGCAUGCCAAGGUCAAAAUCGCUGAUGGCACGUCCCGGUGGAAAAGUAAAAUCAAGUGAUUUGAUCGUCUGAGAAACUGCUAAUAAAUUCUACAUCUAUUAGUAUGCAAAGUUGGCUCUUCUGUAGAAAUUGCCGUUAACAAAGAAAAAAUGUCGCAAUUAAAAAAGUAUGAACUCUAUUUUUUAAAGAGCAAGUACAAUAUGUACAUUAUGUAUAUUUAAAUAAAAGUUGGACAGUU